CUCUAGUUAACCAUUCAGCAGCAGCUUAGCUUGUUUUUUCAUUUUAUUUUAGUAGGAGCAAUUCAGGGUAGGAUGGAUCCACAUGGGCCUGGAGGACCGGCCUGGGGAGGCCCUGGAGGGUGGGGUCCGGUUCCACCUGGUGGGCCUGGGUUUCCUGGUGUCCCUGGUUCUUGGGGGCCUGGGUUCGGUGGAUUCUUCAGAUCCUGCUUCUAUCUCCUGUGCUGCUGCUGCCUGCUCCAAGAUUGCUGCGGCCCUCUCUUCGGACGACCGGGCCCUGGCGGCCCGCCACCCCCUUUCUGAUAGCCUGCGGAGCUUCUGGCUACAAGAAACAACCCAUUCGACCACAAUUCCUAGACUAAGGGCCAGUUCUUUUGGGCAAUUCUCCGAGAAUUGACCCCCUCCCCAGCUUCUCCCA